UUCAAGGAUUAAAAGUCUCUGUCUUGCUGACCUGGUCCGUUUAGCUAAAAAUAUCUAAACCGACACUUAAAACGUAAAGAAACCUCCAACGUUAUUCUUGUUUAUCUUCCUUCUUUCUCUCUCCUAUGCCAAGAUCUUUCACGCGUAUAGCAGCAGUCUGUUAAUUUUGUUGUCGGUUUCCUCAUAAAACCUCUUCUUUUCUAUAACCUCAUCUUUUUCCUUUCCAUAAUCCCACCAAAAGCCCAAGAAGGUGGCGGACUGAGGAUGUGGAGAGCCUGUUGGAGGGAAUGCAAUUAGAAGCUCUGCUAUGUAUAUAUUAUCUCUCAACGAAGGUGACUUGAGAAAGUGGAGGUAUUUAGUUUGUAGCAAGCUCCUACAGACGCUCCAGAAUCAUUGCUUCACGCAACAAACAUAGAUGGAGAAAGCACCAGGGUUGGGCCCACAAGCCCCGGUCCCUUCCACCACCUUUGUCCAGACCGACGCCACCACCUUCAAAGAGCUGGUCCAGCGCCUGACCGGUCCGCAUGACGAACCGAACCGCCCCCUCACGCCGGUCCCGCCCACCGACCCCAACUCCGGACCGGCCCAACUCCCCAAGGGCCUCCCCGGCGUCAAGCGGCCCACCUUUAAACUCCACGAGCGCCGCCAGGGAAUCCGGUCCAAGCUCACCAUCACCAAACCCGGUUCGUACCCCCAACUGGCCGAUCUCUGCCUCCAAGCCGGACCGGCCGUCGUAUCCCCUUCCUCGUCGACGCCCGGCUUCCCUUUGAGCCCAUUGAUCUCUCCGUCGUCGAGUUUCGCUGAUCUUCAUGUCGGCGAGGAGGGAACCGGGCCGGAUGAGUUGAACCGGGAGGCGGAGGAGAGGGCGAUCAAGGAGCGGCGGUUCUAUUUGCACCCCUCGCCUCGGUCCAGACCGGGAAAUGCUGAACCGGAGUUGCUGCCUUUGUUUCCAGUAACCUCUCCCAAGCCACCUGGACCUUGAGGAGAUGGAUUUUGAGAGAUUAGAAUCAGUCUUAUGAUUCUUUGUGUAAAUUCUCUUAUUCUUCUUGUUCAUAAAGAAUAAUUGUACAAUUGAAUAGAGAAGAACUUGGACAAGUUAAUUACACUAUAAUGGAAUUUCUUAGGAGUCUAUA